UUGAACACGUAUGGAUUUGUUUGCAAGUGAUUAUUGGAAAUUAACGGUAUUCCUGCAAAAAUCAAUAGGCUUUUGGGUAUUUCGCAAGGAACAAUGGAAAAAUUAUAUCGCUUGGAUUUACGUUUACGGGUUCACGAUGUCAUUUUCCAUAUCGAUGGGAAUAAGAUGGGUGAACGAACUUGGAGUUAAUUUAGAUAUCGUAGUUGAAAAUGCAGUCGGGGAAAUGUAUCUGUUGUUAAUUUUUACUAAAUUAACUGCCAGCAUUUUAUAUAGGAGUAAGUUAAAAAGUCUAUAUAUUCAAAUAGCAAACGAUUGGAAAAUUUUGAUAGACACAGAAGAGUUGAAAAUAAUGCACAAGUACACUGCGGUAGGCAGUAAAAUGGUCAAGCUAUACUCAAGUUACAUGCUAACAGGAGUAACAUUAUUUUUGUCAAUACCAGUUUUUUCUCCGCUUCUUGAUUACGUUUUUCCUCUGCCAAAUGCUACUCGUCCAAAGUCGCUCCCCUAUUACGCUGAAUAUGGCAUCGAUAUCGAAAAAUAUUACUAUCCGAUGAUUACUCAAGCUAUAUUUGGUGGAGUCGGAACUAUUACAGUAUUUGUGACCUUCGAUCUUGGAUUUAUAAUGAUUGUUCAGCACGUCGUAGCUCUCUUCAAUCUUGUCAAUUUUCGUUUAUCUAAAGCUGCUAAAAUAGCUAUUACUAUGGAAGUUGACAAUCAAAAUAAUACAGCAAAAGAUUAUGCUGCUCGUCGUCAUAUUGUUAAUGCUAUUGAGUUACAUCAAACAGCAAUUGAGUACGUUCAAAUAGUGGAAGAUUGUUUCAAUGUAAAUUGGCUUAUUAUACUUUUCUUGAACAUGGUAAUGGUUGGAGGUGGAAUGUUUGUAUUACUUUUUAAGUUCAAUCGACCAGAAGAAUCAGUCCGAUAUGCUGUAGUAGUUGGUGCAACAUUCAUACAUUUUUAUUACAUUUUUCUACCAGGGCAAAAGAUUAUCAGUUCCAGUGAGAGUGUGCUUGAUUAUUGUUACGCAUGUAAUUGGCACAACUUGUCGGAAAGGACGAAAAUUUUGAUACAAAUAAUGAUGAUGAGAAGCUUAAGACGUUGCGAAUUGACUGGUGGUAAAAUGUUUGUAUUGUGCAUGGACACUUAUUGCAAUAUGAUGAAAACAGGAUUUUCCGUAUUUACAGUUCUUCAAUCGUAAAUAGAAGCAUAUUAAAAUAGUUAUCGUCAAAUAAAAUGCCAAUGUACAACACAAAUAAAAGAAAGAUUAAUAGCUACGUAGCUG